AUGGCGUUAGAGGAACAAUCUGCUGUGGUGAGAUCUACCGGAAAAGUGAAUUGGUUCAGCGAUUCCAAAGGAUUUGGUUUCAUCAAUCCCGAUGAAGGCGAAGAAGAGCUUUUCGUUCAUCAAUCCUCCAUUGUUUCCGAAGGUUUCCGAAGUUUAAACAGCGGCGAAUCUGUCGAAUUCGCUGUUGCUAAAGGAAACGACGGUAAGACUCAAGCCGUUGAUGUUACUGCUCCUGGUGGUGGUGCUAUUCCUAAGAAGGAGAAUAACGGUGGUAGACGCCGCGGUGGUUGUUUUAAUUGCGGCGAGGCUGGUCAUAUCGCUAAGGAUUGCGAUGGAGAGCCUGCUGGUUGUUACGAUUGUGGUGAUACCGGUCACUUUGCUAGGGAUUGUAAUAAGAAAUUGGGAGGAAACGGCGGCGGAAAAUCCGUAGAGUGUUACACUUGUGGUGAGAUUGGUCACUUUUCUAGGGAUUGUGAUCAGAAAUUGGAGGAAAACGUCGGAAGUAGAAGCGGCGGCGGUGGUGGUUGCUAUACUUGUGGUGGGGUUGGUCACAUGGCUAGGGAUUGUGUGAAUAAGAGACAAUCUGGUGGUUGCUAUUCAUGUGGUGGUACUGGUCACAUUGCUAGGGAUUGUAACCGGAAAGGAAGAUCCGGUGGAGGAGGUAACAACAAGAACCAGUGUUUUAGUUGUGGUAAAGAAGGUCACUUUUCAAGGGAAUGUCCAGUUGCUUAA